UGGGUGAGACACAGUUCCUUAAUCUUUGGAACAUUUCACACCGAGAGAGGGGAAGUAUCUGUGAAUAUUUUUGCAUAAUCUAGUGGGAGAGAUGUGCGGUCGGCGCACAACUCUGAACUGUGUCAAGGUAUGCCUAGCCCUGCUAUGACCACUGUGAACAUUUUCAGCGCGGGCCUUCCAUACCUCGGCAGAAGUUUCAGUACCCAGUUGUUUCCCUUAAAUGAGGUGGGCGAUGGACUUUCUUCAGUUCUGUGGAACGUCGCGAAAAAUUAAGACACGGCAUCUUUAGUCUGCGGUUCGAUGGUCAAGGGGACUAUCCAAAGCAGCGUGAUGAGGAUUAAGCUCGAACCGUGGGACCUGGGCCCUUAAGAAGUGUUGCAGAAAGAGGGAAACGCGUCUGUCGCAGCUGCUGAGAAGAGGCGAGGUGAUCAUAUAUAGUGAACGUACAUAAGAAUACUACAGACAUCUCCGUCUUUUAAACUUGCAGUGGGACGUGUUGGAGCCAAGUAGUUUUGGGAAAUGUGUUUUAGUCGUCUAGCGGGUUUCCAUAUUGAAGAGCCCCCAUAAGAUUUCACUCUGUUGUUAUGAAUCUGAUCCUGGAUUCUGCUGUGCUCUGUGUUACAACGGUACAGAGAGCUGCAGCCAACUGCAUUUGGACGGACAACACGAUGGAUCUGCCAGCGAGCGACGAUGCCUGGCCGCCUUGCCGCACUCUCCAAUGUCUUCACCCUCAUACGUAUCCCAAGCUUCGGGGUCUGUGAAGGUGCAAGCAGUGAGGCUAUUCCCGGUAGCCUGGGGACCAACUCACCUGACUCGUUUUGUGUUUCGCGGAGAGGAAGAACAUUGGGCAGACUGAUUGUUUACAGACCGACCAGAUAAAGAGACACGAGGAGCCGCUAUGGUUUCAACAGCAGCAGCAGCCAGUGGAUUUGUCCUUGUCCUUCUCUCUGUGCCAGUGGUACGGGGUUACAAUGACUGGGGAGUGACUUACGCUUCUACUAAGAUCUGCGCCUUAAAAGGAUCAACGGUGGAGAUGAACUGCACCUACAGGUUCCCAUCUGGAAUAAACUCUGUUUCAACCAAAGUUGAGGACACAUUCUGGUUUACAAAAGCGAGUAAUUACAUUUACGUGGAUCUGAGAACAGACCCCGACUAUUGGGAUCGUGUGGAGUAUCGCUGUAAAAACGACGACUGCACUCUGAGAAUCGCCGACCUGAGAGAGAGCGACUCCGCUGUGUACAGGUUCAGGUUCAUAACGAACCAGCCAGGUGGGAGUUUUACUGGUUCACCCGGAGUCACUUUGUCUGUCACAGAUCUCCAGGUGCAGGUGAGGAGAUCGGAUCCACCCACCACCUCGGCGGUGCUGAAGUGCCACAGCACUUGCCCGCCCGGUACCGCUUCCUAUGUCUGGUACAAGAAUGGACAGAAAAUAGAGGACACAUCCCCUCUUUAUGCAGUCAAAGCCAAUGACUCUGCACACACUUAUUCUUGUGCUCUAAAAGAAUAUGAGGCCUUCCACUCUCCUUCAGUGUAUGCUCCAAAGCUUCCCUCUGUGUCAGCGACUCCCUCCGGUGACAUGGUGGAGGGCAGCUCCGUGAAUCUGACCUGUAGCAGUGACGCUAACCCCGCAGCUAAUUACACCUGGUACAAGGGGAACCAAACACUGCACAGGAGGGAGGCUCGGCUCGUCUUCGGGUCCAUCCAGUCCUCCGACUCCGGAGCUUAUUACUGCACAGCUGAGAACGAGCUGGGGAGGGACACAUCUGAAUGUGUCUUGAUUAAUGUGAAGUAUGCUCCAAAGCUUCCCUCUGUGUCAGCGACUCCCUCCGGUGACAUAGUGGAGGGCAGCUCCGUGAAUCUGACCUGUAGCAGUGACGCCAACCCCGCAGCUAAUUACACCUGGUACAAGGGGAACCAAACACUGCUUCAGGGACCGGAAGGCUUUUAUCAUUUCACUUCCAUCAGCUCAGAGGACAGAGGGUUUUACCGCUGCAAGGCUGAGAAUCAGUUUGGACGGAUCCACUCUACGUCUCUAUACUUGGAUGUCCAGUAUCCUCCAAAGCUUCCCUCUGUGUCAGCGAGUCCCUCCGGUGACAUAGUGGAGGGCAGCUCCGUGAAUCUGACCUGUAGCAGUGAUGCUAACCCUGCAGCUAAUUACACCUGGUACAAGGAGCAGGAAGACUCACCGCAAGCUUCGGGACAGAUCUUCGCCAUCACCGACUACAGACCUGAACUCGGUGGGAAUUAUUACUGCGAAGCCCGGAACAGGAGGGGACGUCGUAACAACACCUUACAUCUGACUGUUGUGCAAUUCUGUCUGCAUACGUCUGGAGCAUGGAUGUUAAUAGCUGUUGGAACAAUCACGGCUAUUUUCUUUGUUGCUAUACUCAUCUCUGUCUUGCUGUGGAUUAGAAAGAGGGCUUCUAGUCAAUCGUCUAAGCCUGAACAGAGACCAGACAAAAGUACAGAGAAACAACCAGUGGAGCAGAGGGAUAACCUUCACUAUGCCAGCGUCAGCUUCUUCAUGAAAAGGGCAGCUCCCCUCUGUUCCAACGUCAGACCAGCCUUGCUCCAGGGACACGAGAAGCAAGAGGAAACAAACAGUGUCGAGUAUGCCACUGUCAUAUUUAACAGAGACUCAUGCACAAAGCCCUCAGUAACAGAAAUAAGGAAGAUGGAGAAGAUCCAGCUGCCAAAAUGACGCAAUAGGAGAGGAGCUGAUCAACAUGUUAACCCGCUCAUCGGAGUCUCCUUCAGUUAUUACUGUGGGCUUAGAGCAAUAAGCUCAAUGAGCAGCACAGCGCUUUGCUUUUAAGUAGGGUUAGAGUAACAAUAUAGUGGUUUACAUAGCAUUUCUAUUUUUGUUUUUGUUUGUUAUACUACCAUUCUCAAAGCACAAUGCUAUAAUUUGAUAUUUAAUUAUGUUAUGUAAUUUGUUAAUUGCUGGAUUGAACUCAACUGAUUCAGCCUGUGCUUUGUCGACGUGUGGAAACUUGCCAGUCAUAAAUUUUCAGUUGCAGUAGUGUAGCUUUACUAAACGUUGUUCCAGCCUGCAGCCUGAACUUUAUCUCUGAGACAGUCUGUCAGUCAGCCCCUCGGUGGUAAAUACGUCACCUGUGAAAACUGAAGUUUGAAA